AAAUGGAAAAUGUGGGGUGCAGUUAUAAAAAAUCCUAGGAAGCUCCGUAAGUAAAUUGAACAGAAUCUGCCUGCUUCUUCUCGUCUUUGCAGCAUCAAUGGCGAUUGCGCAUUGCUUCUUCUCCUUCCAUGCGCCAUUCACCACGAGACGAAACAUUAUCGUCUCUUCGAAAACUGGUCAAAGGAAAAACUAUCUGCGACCUAAAAUUCUCAAAACCCUAACAAAACCCUCUCUAUCCAUUUCUCCCACUCUUUUACAACCACCGACACCGCAACAAUUUCUCUCCCCUCCUCAAGAACUUGAACUCGGUAGUGAUGUACCCGCCGACGAAAUGCACGGCGAAGAUAUCGCCGGAGCUGUUGGUGAGACUGGUGAAUUUGAAGAAUUACGAGUGUCUGUGUACACAGCAAAAGACAAUGGUGUUUUUGGUAAUGUUUCUGCUAAGGAGAUUUUCAAAUACGGUGGUAUAUAUUUGAUUGGUGCUUUUGUGUUUCAAACUGUUUGUUACCUUUGGAAUUCGAGAAAUGAACAUUCCAAUGGGGAUUUGGAAGUGGGUGAAAGGGAAAAGAGGAACAUUUUGUUUGAUGGGAAUGGGAAAACUGUGGAGGAUCAAGUUUUGGAAAAGAGAAUUGAGGAAAUUAAGUUAAUGGCGAGGGAAGCUCGAAGAAUUGAGUUAUUGGAGAAGCAAGGAAAAGGGGAAGAGGAAGAGAAUGGGGAUCCUGAAAUCGAUGGUAUUGAGAAAGAGAUUGGCGAGCGUUUGUUGAAGCUGAAGAAUAGGAUUAAGAGUAACAAGGAUAGUUCAGCAGCAUUGCGAUUAAAUGGUCGUGGAAAUUCUGAUGAGGAUGGUGAUAUGAGUGUGAAUCAGGGGAUAGAGGAAUUAGUGUUUAAGAAAAAGUCUAAAUUUAAAAGCCCUUCGACUAAGGCUACAAGAACACCGAAGGGAUUUCCAGGGACUCAAGAUCGUAGGGUUUCAAGUGUAAAACCCCAAGAUUAUGGAAGUCAGGUUACUGAUCGUGCAGGAAUAUUGGAUGGCGAUAAGCAAGUGAAUCAACAAGAUGUGACAGACAAAAAUGCUUCUGGUGUUCCAUUGGAAGAAAGAGGUAAAACAGUUGAUGACAAGUCUGGGGAAAUUCAAAAUGAAGGGAAGAAUUUGGAAGAAAUGAUUGAAGCACCUAAUACGAAAACAAAGGAUGGAGUUACACCCAAGAGCAUAAACAAUGGUGCUUUCCCGGAGACUAGUAUUGGGAUGUCUUCACCUGAAGUAAGAGAAUUGAGGACACAAAACACCCAGGGUUUUGAAAAGGAUAAUGUGGACAGUAUAAAUGGCAGUUCAGGACAUGGAUUAGCUAAAAAAAAUUCAGCAGCUAACAAAGCCAAAGUUAAACAAGAAAAAUCUAAGACUGAUAUUUGGUGGUUGAACCUACGUUAUGUUCUAGUUAUUCUCAUGCAAAGAGGCUCCAACGGGGAAGGUCACAAAGGUCUCUAUAGUUUAAACUUCACCUCUAAGGAACGGGAACAAAAUGAUGAUUCCUAUACCGUUGCUUUUGAGGAUCCGGCUGAUGCCAACAACUUUUGUUUCCUAUUGGAAUCCUAUUUUGAAGAUUUGGGCGACAAUUUUAGUGCCAAUGCAGUUCCCAUGUCAAUACAAGAAUUGAAUGAAGAAAUAAUAUUUCAUGGCGAGAAAGUAGUAGUUGUUAAAAAGAGGCAGCUUCAACUCUAUGCCGGGCAGCUACUUACUGAUGUUGAGAUGGCGUUGUGCUCGAUAAUAGAACAAGAUCAGAAUGUGCCAUAAUUGGUGACAUGAAGAUGAAUGAUAUCAUUCCAACCAAAAUUGGUAGGCAGUGAAAUUACAGUGUAUAACUUCCAUCAAAAUCAAAAGUUGGAGUUGAUGACGCUAAACUGCCCAGCAAAGGUGAAGACUGCUUAUCACUACUACUACUGACUGAACUUAGGUGGUAGGUUUCUGUUUGUAAAUUCUAUGUAAGUUGCAACAUAUCCCAUCAAGGGACAUGUCCUUGCCGGUGUCAUUAGGCACAUGAUCUUAUAGAAGUUCUAGGGAAUAUUUGGAGUAGGUAAUAUAUAAGGGAAGUUCAUACUGUGUAAAAUUUUAAAUUUUGGAAGUUAGUCAAAUUGCAAGAAUGUUAAAACAAUUUUUUUCGAGUUUAGCAAUGAUUUUUGUAACCAACACACAUGCAAUACGAAAUGUUAGGAGUUCAUUUUAAA